AGCAUGGCGAGUCAGCUGCUCGCUUUGUGGUUCAACUCUUUAUUCAUAAAUAAUUGCAAAUUUUAUUUAACCGUGCAAUAUGUUCCUGAGAUACGUGCAAUAAUCACUUUCAAGUACCAAGAAACACCACAUCACCAGUGGUUCCGGCCGUAUUAGUCAAAAUACCUUUCGGCCAAUAAAAUGCCAUCAUUUUGUUUGUUGUUGUCCCCUGUAUGUUACCAAGGAAACGAAAAAACGCAAACACAACAAGUUACGUCGAAGUUCGGUCGAUCUUCGUGUAGGAGUGUUUCACAUUUCCUUCCGGUCUAUUUUUUGUAUAAAGUAGACAGAAUUGCAUAAAAAAUUUGGUCUACAAUUUCAACUAUAAUUGUCUUAAUUCGUUUGCUCAAAAUAAUUUGGAGAAUUAAAAAUAUAUUGACCAGAACAAGGAUAACAAUAGCACUUGAUUAUAUGGAUAUACUAAACGCUUAAUAUGCUACUAGAAACUUAACUAGCAACUAACAAACUAGAAGCACCGCAAUUGCCUUAAAUCCAGCUAGUCAUAAGAGACGAGAGCGAACGAAUGAGCAGGAGAGAGUAAACGAAUUUCGCAUUCAAAGUGCAAAUAAAACAAACGCCUUCAAACUGCAACCAACCAAAUUGUAGAUAUCUACACACUAUAUAUACUUAAAUUUAAAUUUGAGAGCUUUAAGAGAGCUAAGCAAAUGAAAUGAGCACACGACUGGCAACCCAGCGACAGUUUAUUAUUUCGACCAGCGCCAACGUUGAGGCGAGUUCAGUCGAUGCCAGCCAAAUCGAAUCCAAGGAUGAGCAACACCAGCAACUGGCGAAGGCCACAGAAGAUUUGCUGACGGUGGUGGAACAAAGAACCCCCUCGCCGCCAUCGGUUCAUGGCCAUGCCGAAGAGUUCGAGUUCUGCACCGAAGAUGGCGUCGUUGUGGCAGCCACUCUGGAGGAUGUCAUGACGCAGAACUGUCAGCUAUUACAGAAGAAAUUAAGCGAAGGCAUAGACGAUGACACUACAACGACCACCGACCACCUAGAGGUGAUUCGUGUCGUCCUCCCCAUGGAAACGAGCGAUUCUAGUCAGGAGACACAUCUGCAAGCACAUGUUCAUGAUGUCAGCUCUGUAAGCAACAGUGAGGCUGCUGCCACUGUCGCUGCAGACAGUGUUGCAACCAUACAUACCUUGCCGGGCCUAAGUGCAAUCAAAGGAGACAUCAAUAUAGCGCAACAAGUGGCAAAUGGCCAAUUAACUGUGGUGCAAACUAGUGAAGAUGACGACGGCACUCCAUUCAUCACCGUAACGGUUUCAGGUCAGGAGCAAAACUACCAAGUGCAAUAUGUGGACUCGGAACUUUAUCACAGUAAUUCCAGUCAGACGCAAAUGACGUAUCCAUUCUGCCCGGUGGGCGAUUAUCAGAGCAAUGGACAGACUUACUACUCCUCAACGGGGGCAACGGGCAACUAUACUACUACGACGGGUAAUACGGGGAAUGCUCACUCCACAGCAUUGCCGUAUCUUGUACCCGUGGAUGAAAGCCUGCUGUUGAAUGGGUCCUCGCAGUCGCACAGCCGAGAUUCUCCGCACAGCUUGACGCACGAGGUUGCCUACAUACAGGAGGCGCAGAGCACUCCACAGACGCCCACCUCGACUACAACAACUAAUUCGGCCAGCGGCGGCAGUAUCGGCAAUGGUGCCGAUGGGGCGUCACCCGACAGUGACCAGAGUGCCAUGGGAAACAGCAACAAAAUUGCUUCGGCCACGAUUAAAUGGUUGUCGCGCAACUACGAGACGGCUGAUGGAGUCAGUUUGCCGCGCUCCACACUUUACAACCACUACAUGCAGCACUGCAACGAACAGAAGCUGGAGCCCGUGAAUGCAGCCAGCUUCGGCAAGCUAAUACGCUCUGUGUUCUCCGGCUUGCGCACACGUCGCUUGGGCACGCGCGGCAACUCCAAGUACCACUAUUAUGGCAUUCGGAUAAAGCCCGGAUCUCUACUAAUUCAUCAAUCCAUGGAAGAAAAAUCAAUUCAGGGCUAUGGCACACCGCCAGCAAAUAGCGCCCUAGUCAAUGUCACAAGUAGCAACAACAGCAACAAUGGCAACCAGCUGACAAGCUCAAAUGGCAUUCCAACAGCCUCCAACGCCCAGCGAACAGUUGGCACAAAGAAGCACAACUUCAAGCCGGAAACGUACGAAGCUUGUAUACAGUAUAUUGGUGAUGGAGCUGGUGCGAUGCCCGUCUUUCCAGCGAUUGAAUUGAGCCACAGUUUUCACAGUGAGCUCACCCUGGACGAUGUGGAUACCUUUCGUGCACUCUAUCGGGAGCAUUGUGAAUCAUUUUUGGACGCUGUGCUUAAUCUUGAGUUUGGUACUGUUGAAUUUCUACUGCGCGACUUUUGGCGCACCACAGACAACAACAAUCUGGACGAGUGUGAGGAAGAGAAAUACUUGAGUAAAACAAAGUUGUAUCUGUUGUGCCAUUGCGCAGAAGUCCAAAAUUUUGUGCGAGAGGUGGACUAUCAGUUCUAUCAAAACACUGUCGACGUCAUAAUACCAGAUGUUCUUCGGUCGAUACCCAACGCAUUAACACAAGCUAUUCGAAACUUUGCAAAGAACCUGGAGUUAUGGCUCUGUGAGAGCAUGCUGGGCGUGCCGGAGCAGCUGGCACAGAUCAAGACUAGUGCCGUAUCAGCAUUUUGCCAAACGCUGCGUCGUUAUACGUCACUCAAUCAUCUGGCCCAGGCAGCUCGGGCUGUGCUGCAGAAUGGUGCACAAAUAUCCCAAAUGCUGAAUGAUCUCAAUCGAGUGGACUUUCACAAUGUCCAGGAGCAAGCCGCGUGGGUAAGUCAAUGUGCCCCAGCUGUAGUUCAGCGUCUGGAGAAUGACUUCAAGGCGGCCCUGCAGCAACAAAGCUCCUUGGAGCAAUGGGCCAGCUGGCUGCAACUUGUUGUGGAGUCCGCAAUGGAAGAGUACACGGGAAAGCCAAGUUAUGCCCGAGCCGCACGUCAGUUCUUACUAAAAUGGAGCUUCUACAGCUCGAUGAUUAUACGAGACUUAACACUGCGGUCGGCAUCCAGCUUUGGCAGUUUUCAUUUAAUACGGCUGCUGUUCGAUGAGUACAUGUUCUAUUUGGUGGAGCACAAGAUUGCGGAAGCACAGCAGAAAACGGCGAUUGCGGUCAUUUGUGAGCGCAUGAAGGAGAUGGACUUUGAGUUCGAGUGCCAGUUCGCCUACAUAACUAGUGAUGGGGAUCAACAGCAACAAGUAACGGCCAGCACUGUAUCAGCUGUUUCUGUUGGUGCAUCUGCAUCUGGUGUCUCGAGUGUUGGUGGUGAAGGCAACGAUGCUAAGCGCCUGAAACAAGAAUGAGCCGUUCGGAAAGCUAUAUUAACAGGACAUUGUAGAAUUUAUGUAAAUUGAACACUUUCUGUCAUUGCCAGACGACGUUCACUUUACCUCAUUCAGAUGCUCACAUUUCGCUAUUCAUCACUCACCACAUUUCUACUCUAACCCUAUCGGUUUUUCAUUAGUUCCAUAAACUUUAAAAAGUCAACAAUGUUUAUAUGUACUGCUUGUCAGUUAGUUCAUAGCUUAGGUUCUUGUCACUGUAAACAUAUUAUCGGAUUAACGUACUAUACCAAAAGACAGAGAGACACACAUAUGCAUUACUUAUAGAAUUGCCCCCGCAUUAAAGUAAAAAACCGUCCAAGCAGCAGGCUAGUCACGCCCCUCACACAGCGCUGACCUUGUCUGAUCUGAUUACAUAUGUAUUCAUGGAAUACACUUUAGUUUAAGUACAUGUGCGUCAGUAUUUGUAUUUGUAUCUGUAUCUUUAUCUUUAUCUGUAUCUGUAUUUGUGGACUUCUUGUCUAACUACACUAUAAUAAUUGUGUUUACUUUUAAGACAAACAAAUGUAUCACAACAGUUUUGCCGGGUUUCAAUGAAUAAUGUACAGCAUAGCGCGCGGCGCAAACACUCAUACAUACAUGCAUACAAACAUACUCGUACAUACUACAUACAUAAUUACACGCACAUCAAAAUACAUCUGUGUAGGUACGCACAUAAGAGAGCGAGCACUUGCACUUAUUUGAAAUCUGUAUAAAUUGUUAGGAAAAGAAAGAGAAUGAGAAAAGCUCAUCAAAUCAGCUUGCUCAAAUAAAAAUCUAUCAACUAAGUUAAGUAAAACAAACAGGCCUUAAAUGUGCAAAUAUUAAUUCUCAACUUAACAACAAAACAAACUAAACAAUAUGUUGCAUACGCUCAAUUAUGUUCAUAUAGAUGACGUCAGUAUGCUUUUAAUGAGUAUAUACUCAUUUGGCGACUAUUUAUAUGUAUAUAUCUUAUAUACAUGAUUAUCUUGAAGAUUUUGACAGAGGCGCUGAAUAAAGAAUAUUAUGCCAUUUUAGGUAUUUACUCGAGCAACAAAACCUUUUGUAAGUCAGUCAGGAAAUAUAAAUAUAAGUUAACUUGUAACGAAAAUUAAAAGAGAUCUAGUCCAAAUGACAUGCACAUAGAAAACAAUAUUGGACAAUUUUACAUUCAGCUCCUGGUGCAUUUGUAAGAAGUAGAUUUUGGGAGAAAAGCUUUUAAUGAAAUGGACAGUUAAUACUUAUUAUCGGUGUAGAAACGUACAUUGAAGUAUUAUGUAUAUUAAUAAUUUUCUAAUACUCCGUUUAUAUUAAAAUCUUCAUCUGUAUGUUCCACUAUAUUGUUGUAUGACCUAACUUUAAGUACUGAUUUUCAUGAUAAACCUGCAAGUAGGGAACCUAAUCUCAUCACAUUUACAUGAUUAGUCAUACUGUUUAUUUUGUUAUAAUCAACAUGAAUGACACAUUGCUCUCCUGUAAGACAAAAAUUUAUUGCUCAACACGUUUGCAUUAAUCUGAAAAUUUGAGCUUUAUUGGUUGUAAAAAAAUUAACUGAAAACAUUUAAAAAAAAAAAAAGUGAACAACAUGCAACUAAAUUAAGAUUUUAAUUAAAACCAGAAUUAUCUAUUUAUAAAUGUGAA